CACCGGGUCCGUGUGCCACCUUUCCCUGCUUGUGCGCCGCGGCGCGAGCGCUUCCCUUCCCCCUGCGAGCGCGCGGAUAAUGUCUGAGAAUGUCCAUUUCUGGGACGCUUAGCAGCUAUUAUGUCGACUCGAUCAUAAGUCACGAGAGCGAGGACGCGCCUCCAGCCAAGUUUCCUUCGGGCCAGUACGCGAACCCGCGGCAGCCGGGCCACGCCGAGCACCUGGACUUCCCCUCGUGCAGCUUCCAGCCCAAAGCGCCGGUGUUCGGCGCCUCCUGGGCGCCGUUGAGCCCGCACGCGUCGGGGAGUCUGCCGUCAGUCUACCACCCUUACCUGCAGCCCCAGGGCGCGCCAGGGGCUGAGAGCAGGUACCUCCGCACCUGGCUAGAGCCGGCCCAGCGCGCCGAGGCCGCCCCGGGGCAGGGCCAAGCGGCCGUGAAGGCGGAGCCGCUGCUGGGCGCGCCGGGGGAGCUGCUCAAACAGGGCACGCCCGAAUACAGUUUGGAAACUUCGGCGGGCCGGGAGGCUGUCCUGUCUAAUCAAAGAGCCGGCUACGGGGACAAUAAAAUUUGCGAAGGAAGCGAGGACAAAGAGAGGCCGGAUCAAACCAACCCCUCUGCCAACUGGCUGCACGCCCGCUCUUCCCGGAAAAAGCGCUGUCCCUACACCAAAUACCAGACGCUGGAGCUAGAGAAAGAGUUUCUGUUUAAUAUGUAUCUCACCAGGGACCGCAGGCAUGAAGUGGCCAGACUCCUCAAUCUGAGUGAGAGACAAGUCAAAAUCUGGUUUCAGAACCGGCGGAUGAAAAUGAAGAAAAUGAAUAAAGAACAGGGCAAAGAGUAAA